AUGAGACGCGGUCUAGGUCGUCCUAAAGCACUGCGCACUCUGCAUUGAGCACCCUGUGAGACCAAAGGUGCAGAACGCAGCUUUUUGCUCUUUCAGUUAACAGUUACAUUCACCAGCUUCGAACCACACGCCAUGAACGGAGUCCCGCAAGACAUGGAGGUCAAUAGUCCUCCAAGCGAUGGUAUCUCCGAAAUCCAGUUUUCCCCACAGGCCGAUCUUUUAGCGGCGUCCUCCUGGGAUAACAACGUCCGCAUUUAUGAAGUCUUGGCUAACGGAUCUAGCGCUGUGAAAGCCCAGUAUUCACAUGAUGGCCCAGCAUUAUGUUGCGCGUGGAGUAAGGACGGAACCAAGCUUGCUUCAGGCGGUGCAGACAACAUUGCUAAGCUAUUUGACAUCACUACGGGACAAUCGACUCAGGUAGCACAACAUGAUGCUCCGAUCAAAGAAGUUCGCUGGGUGGAUGGACCCAACCCAAUCUUAGCCACAGGAGGUUGGGAUAAGACCGUCAAGUACUGGGAUACCCGUCAGCCAAAGGCCAUCGCAACCAUCGUGCUGCCGGAGCGACUCUAUGCCAUGGACAGUGUGUUUCCGAUUCUGGUUGCAGGCACAGCGGAGCGUCAUGUGGUCGUCUACAAUCUUAACAAUCCGUCGACGCCGUUCAAGGCCCUGACCAGUCCACUGAGAUGGCAGACAAGGACAAUAUCGUGUUUUCCGAAGGGAAACGGGUAUGGACUUGGAAGCAUCGAGGGCCGGUGCGCGAUGCAGUAUCUUGAGGACAAGGACGCGGCGCUGAACUUCACGUUCAGGUGUCAUCGUGAGGGAGGACAGACGGCGCGGGAUGAUUUUACGGUGUAUUCGGUGAAUUGUAUCAAUUGGCAUCCAAUCCAUGGAAGCUUUUCCACGGCGGGUUCGGACGGUGGGUUCGCAUUCUGGGAUCGAGAUGCGAGACAGAAAUUGAAGUCGUUUCCCAAAGUCGGGGGACCGAUUUCAUCGACGUGUUUCAAUAGGAACGGAAGCAUCUUUGCGUAUGCUAUCAGUUAUGAGUGGAAUAAGGGUCAUGCCGGUGCACUGCAGCAGGGCCCCAACAAGAUCAUGCUCCAUGCGGUGAACGACGUGGAUGUCAAGCCAAGAAGGCGUUAGAGAUAUUAUAAGGCAAGGCAACGACCAA